AUGAUGAUGGCCGGUCCCACCACAAUUGCAGCGCCCCGGAUGGACCAGCCUACCGGUGUCCCUCUCUACCACGCGGUGCCGACUCGCCGUCCUUCUCUCCCUUAUCAGCCUUCUUCUGGCUCCUAUGGCUCGUUUGGCUCCUUCGGCUCUUUAGCUUCAUCGUCCUCGCAGCAGCAACUGCACCGCCGCAGCAGCUCUGCAACCACAGCCAGCCUCAGCCGCCAUCGCCGCAGCUCCCAGUAUCAACACUACCAGCUGCAACCGCAACCCCAGCCAAUACAAGCGGUGCAGCCGCAGUUCUUGUUCUAUCCCCAAAUCGUUCCCUACCAGCAGAUGCCAUAUCCUCAGCAGCUGCCUUAUCAACACCAGCGUGUGCACAACCUCCUGCACAGCAGUGCCGCCAGCAGCUACCAGGUACUUCCCUACCACUACUCGUACCAGCCGGUGAAUCAGCCUGUAAACCAGCUCGGUCCUGUCCACGGUCACGGCCAACCGUCGCAAAAGCACCACCUCCGCCGCCAGCAGCAUCUGCUCCCGGACGCGCCGCCGUCGUCGUUGCAGCACUCGUCCUGCCCGUCCCUCUCCUCCAAACAGACGCUCGCGGCUCUGCAGACGAAGCAGGCCACGUCCCAAGCAGAGGCCCAGGUCGCGAGCACACAAAUGGCUCUUUUCUCAGGCUUCUCGCUGCGUGGCAGCCAGCAGAACAAGGCAGCAGACGGUGCUGCACAGAAGAAGCAGGAGACAAAGCAAGACAAGCAGGAUCAGGACAAGGCACAGGCCAAGGAUACGACAAAGUCCAAGACCGUCCUCCACGCCAGCGCCCCCACCGUCAAGCCGCCGUCCCGCAAGAAGGACUCCGUCGGGCGCAACCGCGGGCCCGUCGACGCCAAAGACCUGACCAACCGUUUGUACACCAUCCUGGCAGAAUGCGGAAUGCAAGCGGCCGCCAACACAAGCAGUGCGCCGCCGCUGUCGCCGCUGUCGCCGCUCUCACCACGGUCACCGCUGGAGGCGGCGCCGCCCCAACUUCCCCCGCAAGGCGUCGUCGGCGCCGACCGCAGCGGCCAGCGCAUCCGGUCGCGCGGGUCGGGCAACCUGCGCGCCUUGUACGCGUCCAAUGUGCCUAUCGUGCCCACCACAGGCGGAGGCGGAGGCAGCAUCCGCCGGCAACCCUUUUCCGCGCCCAACGACCUCAACACACUGAGCGAGCUGGUCCCACCGCCCAGCAUGGUCGAUCUGCAGCGGCGCAAGCACCGGACACGGUCGCUGUCCCCGAAUGAGGUAUAUAUGCGUGGUGGCGGGCCAGCCGGCACGACGGGCGCGAAGCUGCCGUCACCCAUGGCACCGGGCUCGUUCGGCCAGAGACGCUCUGUGUCGAGCACGAUCCAGCCGCCGCCCAGCGCGCAACACGGCAUGCCGUACAUUCCCAGCCAGGCGGCGCAGCAGUUUGCGCGCACCACCGCCGCCGCGGGCAGCCCGCGCAAGUCGGCACGCGUGCCAAAAUCAAGGGGCCAGUCACCCAAGGAGCCGUACUCGCACAAUCAGUCGGUGUCCGUCUCGCCACCAUUGUCUCCCAAGAGCAAGCCGUCACCGCCGCUGUCGCCAAAGACGAAACCCUCGCCGCCCGUAUCGGCCAAGUCGCCCGCAAUGCCCUCGCCGGCGCGCUCACCGAGAGUGCAGCACGCCUUCAAGGACACGCUGGCCGAGCCGGGUAGCCGGCGCCAGAGUCAGAAGGAGGGCGCAGAGGCUGCCGCGGCUGUGGAGGAUGCACCCGGCGACGCAGACGAAAAAGCCGAGGAGGCGGCCGUUGACGGUGCUGCUGUGGAAGGCGCUGCCGCCGAUGAGGCUACAGAGAACGCCGAUGACGAGGCCGAGGCCGAGGCCGAGGCAGAGGGGGGUGCCGAUGCCAAUGCCAAGAUGGCCAAGGCAGCAGCCACGAAAGCGAUGGCAGCGGCCGACUUCCGCCGUAUUGUGCAGGAGCACAGCGUCGACUGGACGCAGAGCGACGAGGCCACGGUACGCCGCAAGCAGGCGAAGAAGGAGAAGAAAGAGCGCGAGAAGCGCGAGAAGCGCGAGAAGAAGGCCAAGCAGCAGCAGCAGCAGCAGCAGCAGCAGCAGCAGCAGGCGGGCGAUGAGGCCCGCCCACUGUGGCGGCUCAAGGCUCGGCUGAGCAGCUUCUCCAAGGACAAGCUCAUGCCGUCGCCGCCCGCCACGGCGGUGGCGGUGGCCGAGGAAAAGGAGGACAAGGUUGCACCGACUUUGGCAGCGACCGUCGCGGGGGAGGCAUCCAAAGUCCAAGAACAGGUUCUAACCGCCGGAGGUACCAAGGAGGUGCCCGGGGUGGUUGAGUCUGCGGCGGGCGAGCCGACGUCGAAGUCGUCGUCUGUGCUGUCGCUGACGGCUUUGACCAAAUCGUCGUCGUUCCUGUCUCGAUUCAAGUUUUAG